AUACACACAUAUAUUUCACGUUCAGAUCAAAUGACAAAUGCAAUAAUACAAAUGGUGCAUUGGAUUGAAUAAUCAACUUCCAGCAAUGAUAUUCUAUUUCAUAUCGAUAAACAAUGAUCCAGGGAAUGAAUAAUAAUAGGCCUCAAUUGUACUGAGGAAAGAACCGACAAGUGUCGACUGUAUCACUUAAUGUUCCUUAUCUUAAUUCUAUUUGAUGACUGGAAGAUAAGUCAGACAAUUAUAAUUUUUCUCGAAGGACAUCCUUCGAAAAAUUCAAAUCAGAUUUUUUUGCGUGGACGAAGUUGGUUUAACCAAAAUCAGAAUGUUGAAAUGUUCGGAAAUAAAUGUGACAAUUCGAAGGGCCAAAAAAGAAGAUAUGGUGCAGGUAUAUAAAUUAAUAAGGGCUCUUGCAGAAUUCGAAAGACUUGAGGAUCAGGUCAAAAUAGAUGCCUCAGUCUUGGAAAAAGACGGUUUCGACUCUGAAAAUCCUGCCUUCACCUGUUUAGUGGCGGAACUUUCAGAUGGGCAUAUCAUGGGAUAUGCCCUCUAUUUCACGUCAUACUCAACUUGGCUAGGCAGAUCCAUAUUCUUGGAAGAUCUUUAUGUACAGGCAGCCUAUAGAGGAAAUGGUAUAGGCAAGCAAUUAUUCAUGGCGGUAGCUAAAAUAGCCCACGAAACACAUAGCAAAAGGAUGGAUUUUCACUGCUUAUCUUGGAAUCCAGCCGUCAGAUUUUACAAAUCCCUUGGGGCCAUAAACUUGACGUCUACAGAAAAAUGGCAGAUGUUCCGGUUAGAUAGUGAAUGUUUAGAUAAGCUUUUCAGUUGACCCGAUUCUCGGUAAAAGAUGUGCUUUUUCUUCAAUAAAUGUGUUCCUUUUCUUAAA